GCCCCUGUGGUGGCGCAGGCCUGGAAACUACUGAGAGACCUGGCGCUCCGGUUCCCGCUCCUGGCGGCCAGGUCCCAGGUGGUUCAGUUAACCCCCAGAAGAUGGUUGAACCUGCACGAAUACCAGAGCAAGAAACUAAUGUCUGACAACGGAGUGAAAGUUCAAAGAUUCUUUGUAGCAGACACUGACAGUGAAGCUCUGGAGGCUGCUAAGAGACUAAAUGCAAAAGAAAUUGUUUUAAAAGCCCAGAUCUUAGCUGGAGGAAGAGGAAAAGGUGUCUUCAGUAGCGGUUUGAAAGGAGGCGUUCAUUUAACGAAAGAUCCUAAAGUUGUGGGACAGCUGGCUAAACAGAUGAUUGGGUAUAAUCUAGCAACAAAACAAACUCCAAAAGAAGGUGUGAAAGUUAACAAGGUGAUGGUUGCUGAAGCCUUGGACAUUUCUAGGGAAACCUACUUGGCCAUUCUGAUGGACCGGUCCUGCAAUGGCCCUGUGCUGGUGGGCAGCCCUCAGGGGGGCGUUGACAUUGAAGAGGUGGCAGCUUCGAAUCCAGAACUUAUUUUUAAGGAGCAAAUUGACAUUAUUGAAGGGAUAAAGGACAGCCAAACUCAGCGGAUGGCCGAAAAUCUAGGCUUCUUUGGGCCUUUGAAAAACCAGGCUGCAGAUCAAAUUAAGAAGCUGUAUAAUCUCUUCCUGAAAAUCGAUGCUACUCAGGUGGAAGUGAAUCCCUUUGGUGAAACUCCAGAAGGACAAGUUGUCUGUUUUGAUGCCAAGAUAAACUUUGAUGACAAUGCAGAAUUCCGACAAAAGGACAUAUUUGCUAUGGACGACAAAUCAGAGAAUGAACCCAUUGAAAAUGAAGCUGCCAAAUAUGACCUAAAAUACAUAGGACUGGACGGGAACAUUGCCUGCUUUGUGAAUGGUGCUGGACUCGCCAUGGCUACCUGUGACAUCAUUUUCCUGAAUGGUGGGAAGCCAGCCAACUUCUUGGAUCUUGGUGGUGGUGUAAAGGAAUCUCAAGUAUAUCAAGCAUUCAAAUUACUCACAGCUGAUCCUAAGGUAACCUCUCUCUUUGUAGGAGAGAUUGCAUGGUGUAAUGAUUUCUCACCAUCAAGAUCUACCUUGUUCCUGCUGCUAAUGGUUAAUAAGCCAACCCAU